AUUUUGGUGCUGACUUAAUUGAGGGAGAUUUAUCCACUAAUCUUUUCGAAGAAAGUCAAAAAGAUAAUACUUCGUUAAUAAAAGAAAAUUUUCAAGUUGCAGAUAAUCUCAAAGAAAAUCUUCCCAAACAUCUUACGAUAAAGAAAGUCACUUCCAAAGAAUUUCAACCAAAUUCUGACGUUCAAAGUUUUCUAAGUGAAAACAAUACUGAAAUGAUAAAUAAUGUUCAACUCGCUACUGGCUACAGUUCUGAGCUCAGAAAAAUUUCUCCUCCGAAAUUUUAUUAUAAAGAACAAUUAGAAGAAAAGAAUUUAGUGAAAAUUCCCUUUAAAGAUAGAUCCGGACAUAGACCCCUUAGGCGGCCCUUUUCAGCUGUACACUAUCAUUCUACUUCCAGAGAAGGAGGGAGCUUGUUACCUAUGGCCUUCCCGUUAGCCAGACCGCCCCCGUUGCUGCCCUUGGUUGUGCCGGGGCUCCCUUCCCCUUUUCUUCCCAGGCCCCUAUUGGUCUAUUCUCGCCCGUCAGCGUGUGACCUACGACCGGGUUCCGGUCACUAUUCCCCGCGCGGUCGGUCUAAUCAAGGCUGGCUUGCCCGGCCUCCUGUCUGUGUGGCUCCCAUUUUCUUUGAUUAUCCGCUGGAGCGGGUGUAUCCUGCCGAGUUGCCUCGAAAGCUACAGUAUGAAAUGAUAAUGCGUGGGGAAAACAAGGAUAGAGGCUAUUUAUUACAUAAAACAGGUUACCCUGAAGAUUCUAAUGAUACCCAUUUUAUCAACAGAGAAAGGCGCCCUUGGCGGUCGGGAAGAUUAAAGCUCUCAAGUAAUAAAAAAGUUUCUGAGCGUUACGGUUCUGUACCUGGAGCACGUAGCCCUUACGUUAACCCCCGAUUUCUUAGAAUUGAACGCGCGCACGAUUUAAAUUUUAGAUAUGGAAAGAGGCGCCCUUACGAGGACCAAGAAGAACACGUAACCCACAAUGGCAAGCGCUUCCGCAGGGAAGACAGCGCGCGCCGAGAUAAACAAAUUUUUAAGCGAAAAAAGUUUAGGGAAAAACCUCCUACCAGACCUGAAGUCAAAAAAUAUAGGAGAAGCUGUAGCCCCCAAAAUGGAAUCAAGCGAGCUGCUAAGAAAAACGGAGAAGUGUCCACUACAACAAAAUUAUUGAAGGACAGUGAUAAACGUUCAGUCACUGUCGCGAACCUUUCUGCCGCUACAAGCCCCACAACUUUAAAGAAAAUGCUGAGUUCUGUGGGAAUAGUUGAGCAUGUUAAAUUUUGCGACGAUCCUGAAAUAAAAGUAACUGCUACAUUUGCGGAAAGCAGAGGGGCUCUCGCUUGUCGACGUCGAUAUCACAAGCAUCUCCUAGACGGACGAGUGAUCACCGUAACGUUACAUUAAGGCCUUUAGAGAAGCCCUGAUUUCCUUUGUAACUGCUACACAGCACUUAAUUAAGAGAGUAAUAAAACAAAAGUAUUGGAGGGAGAACCACAGAGAUAUUGUAAUCAACCAAUAGGCGGUGGG